CACUGCCACUUUAAAGAGUUCACAGUUCACCGCUACACGUGGUUAAAUCAACAUGGCAGCGCGCUGCACAGCUCAGUGAGGAGUGCAGUUAGAAAUACAUGUAAAACGAGCCAUGGCAGAUAUCAGUAGCAGCCCUGUAGCUGAUGCACCAGCUGCAAAGGAGGAGAAGCCUGAUGACGUCCCCCAGGACUCCACAGAUGAUGUCAAAGCUGAAGGAGAGAGCGAGGCAGCCUCUGACCCCAGCAUGUACCGCUACAUCAAAGAGGACCUCUUCACAUCUGAGAUCUACAAAGUAGAGAUCAGGAACCUGCCCAAGUUCAUCGGCUUCAACGACCUGAAGAAGUUCCUGGCCAAGCACAGCCUAAACCCGCACAAAAUCAAGCUGUUCGGCAGGCAGACGUUUGCUUUCGUCACCUUUAAGAAUGAGGAGGAGCGUGACAAGGCCAUGAAGAUGGUGCACGGGAUGCAGUGGAAGGGCCAGGUGCUGAGUGUCAGGUUGGCCAAGCCCAAAGCGGACCCUAUCCUGAGGAAGAGGAGGCAGGAGGAGGGAGAGGGCGCGGGAGGGCAGCCCCCAUCCAAGCGAACAGAGGUGGAUGAGGAGGAGGAGCCGCUCAGUGUCCAGAUCGCCAACGUGGUGACUCCUCUGUGGAAUGUGCCUUAUGAGGAGCAGCUGAGAAGGAAGGAGCAGGAGGUGGUGGCGGUUCUGCAGAGGCUGGCCAAAGAGAUUGGCAGCACCAACAAAGCCAUGCUGCCCUGGCUGUUUGCACAGAAAGGAAAAUAUAACAAAAUGUGUUGUCCUCUGGAAGCCAUUCGACCGUCUCCUACACUGACAGAGUACAGAAACAAGUGCGAGUUCCUCAUUUCAGUGGGUGCGGAUGGUGAGGAUAAGACCAUCGGUUUCCGCCUGGGGAAGUAUAAAGGUGGCUCGUGUGCUGUGGUGGGGCCAGCGGACACGUGCCACGUCUCAGCCGAGGCCAAGAGAGUCGUCAGCGAGUUUCAAAAGUUCAUCAGAACAACACCGUACUCUGUAUACAGUCCUGAAACAUAUGAAGGCCACUGGAAGCAGCUGACUGUACGCACUACAAGGACCAAACAAGCCAUGGCUGUAGUGUUCUUCAACCCACAGAAACUUGAGGAGGAAGAACUGGAUGCAUUGAAGAGCUCCAUGAGGAAGUACUUUACAGAAGGAGAGGGGAAAGACAGCGGCGUCACUUGUCUUUACUUUGUUAGAGAGGGUCAAAGGACUUCUCCUAACCUUGAAGACCUGCCCUGUGAGCUGGUGGCUGGAGAGGGCUGCAUUCAUGAGGAACUCCUCGGUCUAAAAUUCAGAAUAUCUCCUCAUUCCUUCUUCCAGGUGAACACAGGAGCAGCAGAGGUACUAUACUCUGCAGUGGGGGAGUGGGCCCAGCUGGAUCAGGACAGCACGGUGCUGGAUGUGUGCUGUGGGACAGGAACCAUCGGCAUCUCUCUGGCUAAGAGGGUGAGGAAGGUGAUUGGGAUCGAGCUGUGCCAGGAAGCAGUGGAGGAUGCCAAAGUUAAUGCAAAGCUAAAUGGUCUUAGUAAUAUUGAGUUUCACUGUGGAAAAGCUGAGGAUGUGUUCCCCAACAUUCUCAAUGCUCUUGUGUCACCCAACGUCACAGCCAUUGUGGAUCCACCAAGGGCAGGCCUGCAUUCCAAGGUGAUACUCGCCAUCAGGAGAGUAGAGCAUCUGAAGAGGCUGGUUUAUGUGGCGUGUAAUGCCAAAGCAGCCAUGACCAACUUCAUUGACCUGUGCAGAGCGCCAUCCAACCGAGUUCACGGAGCCCCGUUCCGUCCAGUGCGAGCGAUGGCCGUGGAUCUGUUCCCUCAGACCAUGCAUGUCGAGAUGCUCCUGCUGCUGGAAAGAGUGGACUACAACUCCCAGCAGCAGCAGAGCAGCAGCAAUAAGGAAGAGACAGGAUCUUAGCCUGUUUCAGGCCCUGUACAGUUUGAUAGGGCUUUGAUGCCCAGUGGAGCUUUCAACAGUAGAAAAAUGAAUGCAUACACUCUCUCAAGGAAAAAUAACUGUUAAUGGUAGCACUCUUUCCUCUGUCACGUGCACCUGCAAGGCAAUCCUAAGUUUAAAUCGUCAUUUACCUCUCAACUGUAGUUGCAUCUAUAAAUGUAUUGACCCUUUACCUAAUGUAAAGCGUCCGAUCCAGUUAAGUCUUUAUUUUCUCAUGCAUUAUUCAUUUGUGCUUCUUGUUCAGUUAAAACUGUAUGCAUUAUUUUGCUUAAAUUGAGCGCUAUGGACUGUGAUCCUGGAUUAAUGUCCAGGUGUCUCUUUACCUAAUAUGCCUUUUUAGUUUAAGAACUUUAGUCAGCCACAUUUGUUCAUAAAUGAACUGUUUUGUGAACUAUGUCAAGAGCUUAAUUUGAUCAGGCUUCAAAUUAGUUUUGAUUUCCUUCAGCUACACUGUUCAACUGUAAAAAAGGAAAACACUGCACUAAUGAGUACUAUGGAAGAUUUCCUUAUUAAAAGUGCCACCUUGGUUUGUAAA